ACCAAUACCAUGGAUGACCUCUGUCAACUCGACGAGUCCAUCUUCCAAGAAGACGAGAGUCUAGUUGAUCGGAUGGAACGACUAAAACCAAGAUUCGACAUGACCAACGCCUCCCUCACAGCGAUCUGUGGAAAUCCACCCAUUCCUAUCCAUUCACAAGAUGGCGAAGCUACUCAGGACGAAGCUAUCAUGUUCAACCUACUGAUCGACCUUAUCAAUGUAUCGGAUCUAGGAUAUAACCGAAGCACCGCAGCCUCAGCUGCCGCUCGUGCGACGAAUGCACUCUUUAACUCCAUGACCCCAGAUCCAUUGCUGCGACAGACAGAAAAAUACUCAUAUGGUGCCCUAUGGACAAUUUAUUCCGAGCUGUUCAACUUUGUANAACAGAUACCAGUCGAACACCAUGCGAUGCAAAGGCUAGUUGACUGGAUUGCUGAGUUGAGAAAGAUACACGUACAGACGUUACAUAUCUGGGGCAAAGACAUUGAAUUGUGGGAAGGCUUGCCGCUGCUGAAUCCGGAGUGGGUCGAACUGGUCGAGGAGUACGGUGUAUCACCAGAGGAUAUCAGGAGCAAGAGGUUCAGAAUCUUUCGAGAUCUGUUGGAAUCGAGUGGAGGUUACGCUCUCUACAACUAUUGGAAGUAG